GCAAUGGGGGCCACUGGUGCGGCCGGCACGGCGUUGACGUCGACCUCGGGCUUGACCUCGCCAGCGGCUGCCGCAGCCUUCUGAGGGCAGUCACGGGAGAUGUGGCCAGCCUCGCCGCACUGAUAGCAGGUCUUGCCGGCAGUGUUCAGAGGUCCACCGUUGGGCGCAGUGCAGUCGCGGGAGAUGUGGCCCAGCUUGCCGCAAGCGUAGCACUUCAUGGCUUGAGCCUGGCAGUCGCGGGCGAAGUGGUUGGGACCGCCGCACUUGUAGCAGGUAGCAGGGCGAGGACCGCCAGCAAAACCACCACGGCCAAAGCCACCGAAACCACCACGACCCAUUGGGGCACCGCGGCCCAUGGGGCCAACAGGGUUAGGGCAGGCACGCUGGCACGAUCGAUUAGCCUUGUAACUGGUCUACGGAGUUGCAAGUGAACGUACAGCGAGAUGGCCCGGCUGGCCACAGUUGUAGCAACGUCCGCUGGUACCAGCGCCACUCAAGCGGAGAGUGGGGCAGUCAGCCUGGACGUGGCCAAGACCCUGGCAGUGAUAGCACUGCUUGGCCUCCGUAGAACGAGGCAGAGGGCAGCCGUUGGAUUCAUGGCCUGGCAUGGGAGGUUAGUCUGCGCCCAUGCACCUGCUCGCUUGGCCGAACGUACCAGGCUGCUUGCAGUUGUAGCAGAGGCGCUCAGCGGAGGAGCAGACCUCGGCGUAGUGACCAACGUUGCCACACUUGUAGCAAGCACGUCGAGAAAGAGAAGACAUGGUGAAAUAUAUAGCGAUCUGCAACGGUUGUUAGUUCAUAUAGCUGCUUGCGUGUCACUAGCUCGUGUGUCGCGCCGGUUUCGUCGUCCGCGAGUCUCUGCUCAUCUGCCUCGGUGCCCUCGGUCUUGCGAGAUACUGGUAUAUCGUGACGACUCUCGGGUCUGGCGCAACCUCUCUGAUCUGGCCAUGGGGUGUCCAGAUGUCGAGGGUUGCGGGGGUUGCUGGGGUUGCGCCAAGACUGCGACAAGACCAGACACGGUUGUCGCUGAGACAUAUCUGCAAUUGGUGACGGUGGCGCUGCGUGCCUGUCAAGAGUCGCCUCGCUCGCCGGCCCAAUCCAAAGAAUCCCACGUGAGAAGUGAGUCCGAGGGGUAUUGGGAAUUUGCCAUGCGCCCGAGGCCGGGGUGCCGAAUCGGGGUCGCACAACCUGUCCGUCGCACGCGACGGAAUUGGAUUCAGAGACGAAAAUUCCCACUCCUGGCCAGGGUUCGACCAGUCCCUGCCCGCGGGCAUUAUAGAACUACCGGGCAGACAUGGCGCAGAGACUCGAGAGAGCGGACAAUUUUGCAAUCGGUAACUAGCCGUCGCUGUGGCUUCGAGGGGUUCGUGGGUAACAAUGGGGUCGACCGCAAAGCGCAGCGCAGACCGCACCAGGUCGACGGUCGUGGACGUACCUGGUUUCAGGGCGUUUCGUCGCGCAACAAUUUCCAGCGACUGGUCUCGACGGCGAUCGCGUGUCGAAGUUAUAGAUAUUGUCGGGUUGGAAGGCCUGAGCUCGAAGAGUCGAAGAGGAGAAGGGAAAAUUUUUCGCGAGAGGAACUGCUCGAGGGGAGGAGACGACGAGCGGAAGGGGAACCAGCUGCCCUCAAUCUGUAUUCUGCCCUCCUUCGUUGGUGGGCGCGGCCCUUGUGGGUGGAGGUCGUGGAGGGUGGAGUGGAGAGGAGCAGGCGACUGGACCCUGGCCCGCGCUGUCAAUGGGCGCACCUGCUUAUGUACCUGUACCAUUUUCGCGUGUUCCGAUCUGUGUUGUCUGUCAGCCUGUCAGACUGUCUGGCAGUCCAGUCGGGUCGGGCGGGCUGUCGACGUUCGCAGACGACCACAGGCUACUUAGAUACCUGGUAAUAGCAAUAGUAAGACCUCAGUCGGCCCCAGUAUGCACAAUCGGAUUGCCUUGGUCAUGCAGCAGUUGGGUAGGGGCCCCGUCUGAGCCUCGACCGCCGGAAAGCAUUAUCCUAGAACUACUCGAGUUUGGCUGUCAGCAGGUCUGGCGGACGAUCUUGGGGGAGUUGACGUUGUGAAUCAACGAUUGAUGUGAGGCGUCGAGGGGCGGGUUUGUCCUCCAAAAGAGCAAGAGCCGGGGCAGAUACACAUUAUUCGCAACUGUUGCUCGCUAAAUAAUACCACGAAUGCUUCCUCUAACUAACAAUCACGCACUUUCACCUCCAUCCGUACCCGUUCGCACA